AUGGCUUACACGACCAUUCGCGAGGCGUGGGAUGCGAUCCCGGCCGUGCGCGAGCGCAUGCGACACUCGCAGACUUUGGUGUGUCGUUCCGAUGGUGAGCCGGAGAACUCUCCGUGCAAUAAGAGCAUCGCGAAUGCGAGGCUCAACGAAGCAGUCUUGCAGCCGUACCUCCUCAAGAUGUACGAGAGCAAUCUUAAACUGCCCACCAUCGACACAGUCUUGACUGAAGUUCAUGAGUUUUACUCCAUGUGCCGGGUUCAGAAGGACGCUACCAUCCUGUACAACCAAGCCUGGAGUUUGAGGCGGCUCCUCCAGCUUGUCAAGGACUCCAGCCUGCAGUGCAUGGUUGCCACCUUGCUGGGCUUCAGAGUGGAAGAUGUUGAGGAAAUGGUGGGCACUUGGGCCACCAUCCGCGAGUCAAUCGGCCUUCAACAUGGGGCCUCAAGCAGAUCAUCUUUGGGAUCCGCGGCCGUGGAGGACGACGAUGAGGAGGCCGUGGACGUGCCAACAAGACCCGUGGCUAGGCCACUGGCGGGGAGCACUGUCGAGUUGGUCCGUCGGGCGGCUGACGUGCUCGAGCGGCUGGGCAUUUCCGAUGAUGAUGAUGAGGACAUGGACGUGGGUGCUGAAGCUGCUGAAGAGGGCGGCGAGGUCGAGGCCAGUGAUGAGCCCCAGGAGGCUCAUGAGGUUGCGGAGCCCAGCGGCUCCUCUGGUGGACCGAAUGGGGUCCUGGCUUUGAAGGAGGAAGAGGACGACGAUGAUGUUUGCAUCACGGCUGUGAACAUCGAGCCGUGCCGUGUUCCCAAGCGGCCUUCCGAGAUGACCGAAGCCGAGAUUAGGGAGCGUUUGGGAGUGGUCCAGAGGGAGAUCAAGCACAGAAGGAUGAUGGACCUCAAGGGGUCGUUUUCACGUGGAAAUGCACUCCGUUUGGCACGCCUGCGUGCGAUGGAAACGACUGGUGGCACUGUUGAGCCCCUCGCGACGGCUCCCCCCUGCCGCUGCCUCGACAAUGACGAGACCCAGCUUUGGGAGGAAGAUGAUGAGCCCAACACUGUACCAGCUCUUAAGCCGGAGCGUGUGAAGCCCUUUCCCCCGGUAGAGGCUGGAUAUGUCACGAGGCGUGACCAGUUCAAGCUGCGGGACGGUUUGGUUACUGCGGAUCCUUCGGCCGAGGCCAAGGACACCAAGGAUCUCCGCGAUGCUCUUCCGAGUGAUCCUGCCCGCUCUCGUCGCAAGAGCAAGAAGACCCGAAAACCCAAGCGUGGGAAGGGCAAGGCUAGCGCAGCCGCUGAGCCCACGCCCAAGAAGAGCACGAAGCCUAAGAAGACCAAGGCGGUCAAGAAGGGCAAGAAAGCAACCGUGGCAGAGGAUGAGUCCGCCGAGCCUGCGUCUAGCAAUCCUCCGGCUGCUGUGCCCAAGGCAAAAGCCAAGGCCAAGAGUGCACGCAAGCCCAAGGGUACGGAAGCCGCCGCCCCGGUGAAGGACAAGGCAGCCUUGGAGGACGAUUCGAAGCAGAAGGCCGCGAGGAUCAGGCUGCCAACCAUGGGUUACGAGGAGCCGGUGGCUGAUGAAGCCGAGGCCACGGCGGCCUUGAAAGACCUCUUCGAGUCUUGCGUUGCUGGUGAGCAUUUGCAGAUCCAUCAAUUCGAGUCUGAGGCCCCUUGCCGUGCAUCCUAUUACUGGACCAAGGAGCAAUGCGGCCUCAAGGUUCAGGCUGUGGGACAGAGUGGUUGCAAGGCUUGGAAGCAGCUGCAUUACUUCUCGCAGUGGACUCCUACGGGAAUGGCCAUUUGGAAGAGCCGCAAAGCCGGGAACAGCUCCGUUGUCGAGAAGAGGACCGUCGGUGAUUUCAAGGCUAUGCUCAUGGAUGUGAACAAUGCCGUGGUGAAUGAGAUGUAA